CCACUUUAAUUAUCAAUUGACCAAGUCAAAGCCCACUACUUUUAUUAUCAUGCUCCACAGGACUUGAGAACUCAUACCAUUUCCAUCUUCUUUCUCUAUGUUUACUUCCAAAUCUGUCUCUCAAAAUGGCAAUGCAUACCCAUCUCGUCCAAAUCAUCACUUUGUUCGCCAUGAUAAUAUCCAUAGGCUUAAUCCACUUUCCAUCAUCUUCAUACGCAAACAAUGAUGAAAAAUACCGCAUUUGCGGCACGCUAUUUGUCUGUGCGGGCAUUCCGAACCUCGGUUACCCUUUCUGGUGGGGAUUAAAUCGGUCGAGAGAUUGCGGUCAUCCGAGCUUUGAGUUGAACUGUAGCGGCGAUGCCCCACAGCUCAAGAUCGCGAACAUGAGUUACAGAGUCCUUGGAGUCAACAACCCGUUGCGGACUCUGACGGUUGCCAGAACGGAUUACUGGAAGACCAUUUCUCCUCCUCAGAUCGUUAACACCACGAUAGAUCACUCCCUCUUUUCUUAUGGCCCGAAUGCGACGACGAACCUGACGCUCUACUACGAUUGCACCGUUCCCGAUUCUUCGGCAAAUCAGACUGAUGUUCAGUUAGAUUGCACAGCAAACAAUACCGAUGUUGCCAGGUACAACGUUAGUAGCCUGUUGGGCAUGUGCAAAAACAACGUUAAAGUGCCAGUUGCGCAAUCUGCAGCUCAUGUUGGCUAUUCAACUGAAGCUGCUCUGAUUGAAGCUAUUGAUGGUGGAUUCAUGUUGAAGUGGGAUGCAAAGAAUAGCAUGUGCGAUGAUUGUCGAAAUUCCGGCGGGCAGUGUGGGACUUCUAACUCGAGGGGAAAUGAUUUUGCUUGCCAUUGUGCAACUGGGACAUUUACGCCGACGUGUACAGGAAAAGAUUGGUGGAAGCACAAAUUGGUGCUUAUAAUUCCAAUUGGUGUGGUUGGGAUUGCAGUAAUCUCUUUGGGGGUUAUGUUUAGCGUUAAGAGACGACGCUCGUCAAGUAAUGCAACGGCCGGAGUGAACAGAGAUGCAAAGAACGAUCACAUGGAUGCUGAAGCAAUGAUAAAGAGCUAUGGAUCAGUUGCACCAAAGAGAUACACUUAUUCAGCUGUGAAGAAACUGACCAACUCAUUCAAAGAUAAAGUAGGACGAGGAGGAUAUGGUGUUGUAUACAAAGGAAAGCUACCUGAUGGGCGUGUCGUGGCGGUGAAAGUCCUAAGCGAGUCCAAAGGCAAUGGAGAAGAGUUUAUUAAUGAAGUUGCUAGCAUCAGUGGAACAUCACAUGUCAACAUAGUCACACUUCUAGGUUUCUGCUAUGAGAAGACUAAACGAGCUCUGAUCUAUGAAUUUGUGCCUAAUGGAUCUCUUGAUAAGUUCAUAUAUGACGACGGAUCUUCGAUUACAAAGUGCCACUUAGACAAAAUCAUCAUGUUUCAAAUUGCAGUUGGCAUUGCUCGAGGACUAGAGUACUUGCACCGUGGUUGUAGGACAAGAAUUCUGCAUCUCGACAUAAAACCUCAUAACAUACUUUUGGGUGAAGAUUUAUGCCCAAAAAUCUCAGAUUUUGGCCUUGCUAAACUUUGCAAAACAAAAGAGAGUAUUGUGUCGAUGACGGGCAUGAGAGGAACAGUAGGAUAUAUAGCACCGGAGGUAUUUAGUCGAAGCUUUGGUGGAGUCUCUCACAAGUCUGACGUCUACAGCUAUGGCAUGUUGGUUCUUGAAAUGGUUGGUGGAAGAAAAAAUUAUGAUGGUGGAGUGUCUCAUACCAGCGAGAUAUACUUUCCACAAUGGAUAUAUAACAAACUCGAAAGGGAUGAGAUUUUUUAUACUAGUGAGGAUACGAGGGAGGACGAAGAAGACAUUGUGAAAAGAGAGGUUGAAGAAGACAUAGUAAAAAGGAUGAUAAUGGUGAGUCUAUGGUGCAUUCAGACAAAUCCUGUAGAUCGGCCAUCAAUGGGUAAGGUGAUUGAGAUGUUAGAAUGCAACUUUCAGUCCUUGGAAAUUCCACCGAAGCCAUUCCUGAAUUCGCCAGCUGCAAGAUCACCAGAAAAUUCUUCCACCCCUUCGUAGUCUUGAAAUCCAACUGGAUAUAUACAAUUGUAUGAUGGGAUCCAGUUUUGUCUUUUUCUUUUCCAAAAAUUAAACCGGUUGCGUUGAUAUCACAUUAAGAAAUCCACUUCUUCUU